GUAUGAAGGUUUUACUGAGGAGUGCAUAGUGGAAAUGUGACACAAUAUACAAAUCAUACAGAAGUUCUCUGAUUUGGAUUAAACGUCACUCACCUUUACACCAUUAUCGGCUCAAUUGAGUAUUACCAAGAUAAGAUAAUUAUAGUAUACGUUUAAAUAGGUAAUUGAUCUUUAUUUAACAAAGUAAGAGUACCAAAAUUGUGUUUUACUGGGUUAAAUAAAAUUUUAUAUUCUAACGUAUAAUAGUGCACUUAUCUGCAAUAAGAACUAUUUAAUCAAAAAUAUCAUUUAGAUAAAAACCCAUAGUUGCAUUAUUUUUAUUAGGUGCACUAAUAUCAAUAACAAUUUUACAAAUUUAGAGGGUUACGGAAAAACUCUUAAGUUUGAAAAUAUAUUAUCGAGUUGAGUAUAUACUGCUAGUGCGAUGAUUGUGGAUAAAGAAACAAAAUAUGAUAGACAACUUCGUCUAUGGGCGUCAACUGGUCAAUCUAAUUUAGAAAAUUCUCAUAUAUGUUUAAUUAAUGCUACCACUACUGGUUGUGAAAUACUUAAAAAUUUAGUAUUACCAGGUAUUGGAGAAUUUACUAUAAUUGAUGAUAGGAAAGUAUUACCAAUUGAUUUAUCAGGUAACUUCUUUUUAAAGCAAGAUGAUAUUGGUCGAAAUAUAGCAACUGCUGUUAAAGAAAAUUUAAUUGAAAUGAAUUAUGAAGUUAAAGGUAAUGAUAUAAUAAAAUCAAUUGAAUCAAUUCUAGAUAAUGAUGGAUUUUGGGAUACCUUUAAUGUAGUAAUAGUUAGUGAUCAUUUAUCUCAAAUUGAUCAAUUAAAAGAAAUUUUAUGGAAUAAAAAGAUCCCUUUAUUAAUAGUUCAUACCAUUGGAUUCUAUGGUUCACUACAAUUAAUAUCAAAUGAAAUAACAGUAAUUGAAACUCAUCAAUCUUCAAAAUUAUAUGAUUUAAGAAUUGAUACACCAUGGCCAGAAUUACAAGAGUUUGUAGAUUCAUUUGAAUUUGAUAAAUUAAAUGAUAUUGAACAUGCUCAUAUACCUUCUAUAGUAAUUCAUAUUAAAGCAUUAAAUAAUUGGAAAUUGAAUCAUGAUAAUCACCUCCCAAAAUCUAGAGAUGAAAGAUUAUUAUUCAAGAAAGAUUAUAUUUCUGCUUUGUCUAGAAAUAUUCACUUGGAAGGAAAUUUUAUUGAAUCAGUUGAAUCAUUUCAUCGAGCCUUAAGAGUCACACAAAUUCCAUCUAACUUACAAGAAUUAUUUAAUGAUGAUCAAAUAUCAGAUGAAAAUAUCAAUUUAUCAACCCCUAUAUUCUGGAUAUAUAUUAAAGCUCUAAGGAAUUUUAUAGAAUUAAAUAAUGGUCUAUUGCCAUUACCUGGAGCUUUACCUGAUAUGGAAUCCGAUACUGAAAGUUAUGUGGCCUUAAAGUCAAUCUAUAGAGAAAAAGCUUUAAAGGAUCAAGAAUUAUUUUAUGAUCAAGUAAUAAAGGUUCUUAAAUCAGCAGGAAGAUAUGAAGAUGAAAUAAGUAAGGAUUCAAUUGCAACUUUCUGCAAGAAUGCUCAAUCCUUAUAUGUGAGUCAUGGAUCUAAGAAAUCUUUCACACCUGAUCAAAUACAACAAUUAACUUCUGUAACUUCAACUCCUGACAGUCUUCUAGAGAUAUAUUUUGCAAUUUGGGCUUAUGAUAAAUACCUCCAGGAAUUUAAAGUCAUUCCUUCUAUAAAUGAUAUUGAAACAGUUAAACAAGUUUUAGCUUCUUCAUUAAAUAUUUCAGAAAAACUUUCACCUACAUUUGUCAUGGUCUUAUCGGAAAUAUUGAAUCACAAUACGCAUUCAUAUCAUAAUCUAAGUAGUUUUAUGGGUGGUAUUGUUAGUCAAGAAGUACUUAAGUUAACUACUGCCCAAUACAUACCACUAGAUAAUGUAUUCGUAUUUGAUGGUAUACAUUCAAAGAGUGAUAAAUGGUCCGUUAAUUAAAAGUCUAUCAUAAUA